AAAAAAAAAGAAUUCUUUCUUCCCCAUGUAGUCGGCAGCCAUGGCUUGACCUUGCUAUUUCACCACACCGUGCCUCCGUCCUUCGUUUCUUGGAUUUGAGGUGGGGCUUAAGCCUACCGAAGCCUGAAUGAUGCCAAAUAUUCCUUAUGAAUUAAUUGUGGAGAUACUUGUGCGAUUACCUCUCGACUCUUUGAUGCAAUUCAGAAGCGUUUGCAAAGCAUGGCACUUCAUGAUUACCAAGGACCCCCAAUUUCUUCAACACUGCGCUGAAUAUCGGCAACUCUGCAGGUUCAAUCAUUUGUACGAGAGGCUAUCUUAUUUCGGUCUCCCCGAGCAUGUGACAGAAUUAAAAAAAAGAAUUAGUUUACACAUGUGCUGGAGUGGCCAAGUACCUACGCGUCUACUGAGGACUCCGGACACUGAUGUUGAUGUUCUGCUAGAGAGAGCUUUGAAAUACGCUGGCAUGCGCAAAACCCUUGCAGAGCUAAAGGAUCGAAUGUCCUAUGAGAGAUGGGUAGUGGCUGCGUGUAAUCCUGAAUAUCUGGAUGGUUCUCUCGAACCUCCACUGCCUCCAAGGGUGUUGAAGGCGUUUAAAAAUGGAGUUCAAAUUGAUGAAUAUGAUGAGGUUUAUAAAUUGUUAAUCCUUUAUGGUCUCACGAUGCAUAUCAAUGAAUUGAAACAUCGAAUUUCAAUUCGAACGAGGUAUCUCGUGACUCAGUUACAAGGAGCUGAACUUGUUGAAAGCUCGCCUAUUUCUAGGCUAAAGGAGGUAUUGCGAUACAACGGAUUUCACGAGCUACUGAAAUAUUUGGAGUACCGUAUCGCCAAUGAUAAUCGAGGUGGCAGUAGAGAUGCUCUAACUCGGAAUCCACGUCCAUCGGCUCUUGCUUUAGUAGCCCCUCGUAUGUUUGGAGACCACAAUGAAUAUAUUGAUGCUGAAGACCAUGGUGAACAUGCUGCUGCCGGUGGAGUCCGAAUCCAACUUGCUACUGCUGCCGCCUCUGGAGUCCCAAGUCAACAUGCUGGUGGUGGUUCAGAAUCCCCCAUUCAGCAUACAGCUUCUGGUUAAAUACCAAAUUUUCAUAAUAUUCGAACAUUAGACAGUCUAUGGAAUUUUCUAUGUUAUGAAUAUUUUUAAUUUAUCUAGUUAUUUUAACAAUUAAA